CGAACCCCCCAAGAUCUCGAUAACCCUAGACAUACCGAGUACACACCGAGACGUCGACUACCCUUGGAUAUCUGUCAGGGAAAAUAACCGCCGACUGUCCCAUUCACCGAAUAUAGCCCGACGAUAAUCAUGGCUGAGAACGAUACUGCAAGCGCCAACAAGGCUUAUUUCAAUAAGCUAGCAGCCGAGUACGACGCAAAGUACGAAAAGACUAUUCUGCAACUCGAAAAGGAGAUUCGCAAGCGCAAGGAUUUUAUCGGUGCCGAUUGGGUCGUUGAUGACGACGACGAUGAUGAUGACGAGGAGGAGGACAAUGAGAGCGAGACUGCAGCACAGCCGGCGGCGGCGGCGAGUGGCCGGUCCGUGAGACUUCUUGAUUACGCUUGUGGAACGGGUUUGAUAUCAAGGGCCCUCGCGCAGUUCACGACGCAUUGCGUCGGCAUAGACAUUUCGGAAAACAUGGUGGCAGCUUACAACGCCCGGGCCGAGAACCAGGGCCUCACCACCGACGAAAUGCACGCCUACCAAGGCAACCUCACGGACCCGUCCGAUCCGUCCCCCGCGGCGUUCGCAUCCGACGACGGCAACGAUGGCGGCCGCUUCCGCGACUUUGACGUCGCCGGCGUCGGUCUCGGGUUCCACCACUUUGAGGACCCGGAGCUCUCGGCCCGUCGGCUGGUGGAGAGGUUGAGACCGGGCGGGGUGUUUAUCAUUCUCGAUUUUUUGCCGCACGAGAAGAUGGAUCAUGUGUUGCCUGCUGCGCAUACCGUUAUGCAUCACGGAUUUUCGGAGGAGAGGAUGAGGAGUAUUUUUGAGCAGGCUGGUGCUGGGGGGGAUUUUAGGAUGGAGGAGCUUGGGAGUGGUGUUGUUUUUGGGGGGCAUGGGCAUGGGCAUGGACACGGACAUGAUGAUCAUGGACAGGACCAUGGUCAUGGACAGGACCAUGGUCAUGGACAUAGCCAUGGGGAGGAAAAGGGACAUGAUCAUCACGGUCAUGGUUCGGGGCAGGGGAUGAAGAGGCGGGUGUUCCUGGCGCGGGGGACCAAGGUUUAGAUGGCGAUUAGGCUCAAGAUGUCAUGAAUCUAACUUGGCUUUGUACUCUGGCUUGAACCUUUCUAUCUGCAGACGAGCGGAGCACACUCGUCAAGGUUAUACGUUGAGUCUACCGAAACGCUCGUGUUCACUA